AUGGUUUCAGAAUUAUUUGCUGUUGUAAUCGCUGCGUUCCUCUCUCGAGACAGGCAGUGGAUUUUCCCCCGGCUGACGGUUGGCGGUUGUGCUGUUGCAGGGAAGAGCUUCACGCUGACCAUCACGGUGAGCUCGUCGCCACCGCAGAUGGCGACGUACAACAAGGCCAUCAAGGUGACGGUGGACGGACCGCGGGAGCCCCGCUCCAAGACAAAGGCGGCGCCGCGCAGCCAAGGAGGAGCCCGCCAUACGUCUCUGUCGGGCGGCGAGAGUGGCCCGCGGGCAGAGGGACGGGGCCGGGCUGGCCGGCUGGCGUCUGGCUCCAGCAAGUGGUGCGGCCCUCGAGCGGCAAUCGAUGCUGGGGGCAGCUCCUCGGCGGCGGCGGUGGCGGCGGCGGCGGUGGCGGUGGCGGGGCUGUCCACAAGAUGUCUUGAGGCGAGCCGCGAGCCGCAGCCGCAGCCGAUACCGCGCCGGCAGCAGCAGCAGUUCCACGCCUUCGCCUUCGGCCAGCGCCCCUUCCUGCCCGGGCACUUCGGCAGCCCGCUCGACCCGCUGCAGCGCGCCGCCUCCGACCCGCUGUCCGGCUCGCUCAGCUUCCGCAUGCCCUCCAUGUCCAACUGCCAGACGCGGCCAGCUGCGUCGGCGUCGGCGACCACCGCUCCUGUUGCCGCCGCCGCCGCCGCCGCCGCCGCCGGAGUACAACGAUUUCUGUUUUCAUCCCUUGCCCCUUAUAUUAAAACCCAUACAGGCCGCCUGCUGGGUGCCGACCCUUUGAAGUCGGCGUGCAGCGGUGUAGGGACGCGAGAGGCGCUGCCUCGACCGCCGCCCGUGCACCAGUGCUGGAGUACCAGGAAGGAGACUUCUCUAACGUUGUUCCUGAAACUCUAA